AUGACUCCCAGCUCUGUGCUCUUUGCUCCAGACACGUUUGGGCUGACCAGGCAUGACGUCACACCCCUACGCAAGCACGUGUCGAUGUUGCGCUUCGGGGAUCGACGGAAAGAGCCGAGCGCAGCCGAGGAGCGCGCAGACAGAGCAGGCACAGCAGGCACAGCGCGCACCGACCUCCGCCAACACUUCCCUGUUUUGAAGAGCUUUCGUCACACGCAGGGACGGUCCUCUACCUUCGGGGUUGAUGCCACUGAGCACGAAGGCAGAUGCCCGUCGCCCUGUCAUCCCGUCAUUAUGGUGGAGUUUCCAUCCCUCACCCCUUACUUGCCUCUCCUCCGCUUCCUGGUGCCUUUGGCGAUCACCAAUGUGGCCAUCGACCUCGGGGAGCAGGCUCUCAACAGGGGCAUAGCCACUGUCAAAGAGGACACAGUAGAAAUGCUGGCCAGCUAUGGUCUGGCAUAUUCUCUGAUGAAGUUCUUCACGGGGCCCAUGAGCGACUUCAAGAAUGUGGGCUUGGUGUUUGUCAACAGUAAGAGGGACCGCAGGAAGGCCGUCCUGUGCAUGGCGGUGGCAGGAGCCAUCGCUUUUGUUCUGCAUAUCUUAAUAGCCUACACAGAUUUAGGCUACUACAUCAUUAAUAAACUGCACCAUGUGGAUGAUUCAGUCGGACACAAGACAAGGAAAGCCUUCUUAUACCUGGCAGCGUUCCCUGUGCUGGAUGCCAUGGCCUGGAUUCAUGCAGGGAUCCUCCUCAAGCACAAAUGCAGUGUGAUUGUAGGCUCUGCCUCCAUUUCAGACGUUGUGGCUCAGAUUGUGUUCGUGUCCAUUCUCCUGCACAGUAACCUGCAGUGUGUGGAGCCGCUGCUCAUCCCCAUCCUGUCCUUAUACAUGGGUGCCUUGGUACGCUUCACCAUCGUGUGUCUGGGCUACUACUGGAACAUCCACGACAACAUCCUGGAGUCCAGCGGGCUCGAUGUGGGGGGAGAUGCCACUAUCAAGAAGAUGCUGAGCUUCUGGUGGCCCCUGGCCCUGAUCCUGGCCACGCAGCGCAUCAGUCGGCCCAUUGUGAACCUGUUUGUGUCUCGGGACCUGAAGGGGACCACAGAUGCUACAGAGGCUGUGGCCGUGCUCACCGCCACAUAUCCAGUGGGUCACAUGCCGUAUGGGUGGCUGACUGAGCUCCGAGCAGUCUACCCGGCGUUUGACAAGAAUAAUCCAAGCAAUAAGUUAAAUUCCGGGAGCCCUGUUACAAAAACGCACAUCAAGAGGUUUACAUCCUGCUGCUUGGCCUUGUCCCUGACGCUUUGUUUUGUGGUGUUUUGGAGCCCUCAUGUAUCCGAAAAGAUCCUGGUGGAUAUUAUCGGUGUGGAGCAAGCUUUCGCAGAGCUUUGUGUGGUUCCGCUCAGAAUUUUCUCCUUUUUUCCUCUGCCAGUGACGGUCCGGGCCCAUCUGACUGGAUGGUUGAUGACGCUGAAGAAGACCUUUGUCCUGGCCCCCAGCUCAGUGCUGCGCAUCAUCGUCCUCAUCACCAGUCUCGUGGUGCUUCCUUAUAUGGGAGUCCAUGGAGCAACGCUGGGAGUUGGGUCUCUUCUUGCCGGUUUUGUUGGAGAGUCAACUAUGGUUGCCAUAGCAGCCAUCUAUGUUUAUAGAAAGCAGAGAGGGGAGACUCUGAAUGCGUUGGUGGUGGACGGGGAAGAUGCCGCCCCAAUGAGCGAGGUGUCGUCCAGGAACCAAAUGGACGCUAUCGAAGAAGUCCAGGAGGAGGAGGAGGACUGA